CAUACACAUUAAAAUUAAGAUGACAGGAAAGAAAUCUAUUUCUGUUUCAAUACUUUUGAUGGUUUUAGUUAUGCUAGUAACACCAUUUUUUGCACGACAAAUCGAUGACAUAACUUGCCCUGAAGCUCUUUUGGCAUUGUUACCAUGUCUUCCAUUUUUGCAAGGAAUUGGUCCUCCCACACCGCCGAAUAAUUGUUGUAUUGGUUUAAAUAAUUUGAAUCAAAGGGCCAACACCACCCAGAUUCGAAAAGAUGUUUGCAAUUGUCUCAAACCUGCUGCAUUAAGAUUUAAAGUUAACCCUGAUAAAUCAAAACAACUGCCUAAGCUUUGUAACAUUGUUCUUUCUGUUCCUUUUGAUCCUAGUGUUGAUUGCAACACGGUUCAAUGAUGCUAUAAUAUGGGGAAUGCCGAAUGUAAAAGAAUCUUAAAUAAUAAUCUAAAUAUCUUUUUAUCUAUUGAUAUGAAAAGAUAAAAAUUGUAAUAACUCUUUUUCUAUGUUAUAUUGAAUAUGUUUUAAGAAAUUAAAUAAAUUAAAAUGAUUAGAGUCAAAUAAACUU